GUGCACAUCAGCUCCCAUAGAUCAGAACAGAGGGAGCAGGGCGUUCCUAAAUAAUAUGCGCUGUUAGGGGGUUGAACCUACACUAAACAUGGAAGGGAAGCCAAUUGCAUAUUGAAUGUUUAAGUAACAUUGCAUUGCAUUUUAACGGAAACAUCCGGCUAGCAAGAGUGUAGCUGCUGGUUGGACAAGGAAGGACUGAGGCCUGUCCUCCUGUUGGCAUCUGGAUAAAAAAAACGAAAACAAACUGUGAUUGGUGCUCACUGGGACGUCUGCCUUCGCUUUCCACACGUACAAACAUUACAGCUGACAGCGUGGCCCCACAGUUAACUCCACAAACUCAGGAUGGUGGAGCCCAUUUUUGCGACAGGCAUGGCUGCCAAGCUGAGGAGCCAGUGGGAUCGUGAUGAAGGUCUGGGACAGAAUCACAUGGCUGUGAAGUUUCUGGGUCAGGACUACGAGAGUCUGAAAGCCCAAUGCCUCCAGAGUCGGAAGCUGUUUGAGGAUACUUUGUUCCCUUGUGUCGCAUCUUCUCUGGGAUUCAAGGAGCUCGGCCCCAAUUCCGCCAAGACCUCCGGAGUGCGCUGGAUGAGGCCCACGGAGUUCUGCAAACGUCCCGAGUUCAUCGUAGGUGGAGCCACUCGCACAGACAUCUGCCAGGGAUCUUUGGGUGACUGCUGGCUGCUGGCAGCCAUCGCCUCGCUGACCUUAAACGACAACCUCCUCCACAGAGUGGUUCCUCACGGACAGAGCUUCCAGCAGGACUAUGCCGGCAUCUUUCACUUCCAGUUCUGGCAGUUUGGCGAGUGGGUGGAUGUGGUGAUCGAUGACCGGCUGCCAGUGAAGGAUGGGAAGCUGCUUUUUGUCCACUCGGCAGAGGGAACCGAGUUCUGGAGCGCGCUGCUGGAAAAGGCCUACGCUAAGUUGAACGGCUGUUAUGAGGCUCUCUCAGGCGGCAGCACGUCCGAGGGCUUUGAGGACUUUACAGGCGGUGUGACGGAGGCGUUCGAGCUGAGAAAAGCCCCGUCUGACCUCUACAGCAUCAUGAGAAGGGCCAUAGACAGAGGAUCGCUGCUGGGCUGCUCCAUAGACAUCACCGGCUCGGGUGAGAUGGAGGCCGUCACGUUUAAGAAGCUGGUGAAGGGACACGCCUACUCUGUGACUGGUGUGGAAGAGGUAAAUUACAGAGGAAGUCCGACCAAGCUGGUUCGCAUCAGGAACCCCUGGGGGGAAGUGGAGUGGACCGGAGCCUGGAGCGACAAUUCCAGAGAGUGGGACAGUGUGGACAGCUCCGUCAGAAGUCGGCUACAAAUACGCAGCGAGGACGGCGAAUUCUGGAUGUCAUUCAGUGACUUCCUGCGUGAGUUUUCCCGUCUGGAGCUCUGCAACCUGACGGCUGACGCCCUGGACAACAGCCAGCUGAAGAAAUGGAGCUCCUCGGUCUAUUCGGGAGAGUGGAGGAGGGGCAGCACUGCUGGAGGCUGCAGGAACUUUCCAGCAACCUUUUGGCUCAACCCUCAGUUCAAGAUUACGCUGCAGCACCCCGACUCCGGCCAUUCAGACUGCAGCUUCCUGGUUGGCCUCAUGCAGAAGGACCGCAGGAAGAAACGGCGUGAGGGCGAAGACAUGGAGACCAUCGGGUUUGCUCUCUAUGAGGUUCCAAAGGAGUUUGCAGGCAGUUCAGCAGUCCACCUGAAGCGAGACUUUUUCCUCACCCACGCCUCCAGCGCUCGCUCGGAGACCUUCAUCAACCUGAGGGAGGUCAGCUCGCGUCUGAAACUGCCGCCCGGGGAAUACAUCGUCGUCCCCUCCACCUUCGAGCCGAACAAAGAGGCCAACUUUGUCCUCCGAGUUUUCUCUGAGAAACCCGCCAACUCAGAGGAGCUUGAUGAUGACGUUGUAGCGGAUCUUCCACCAGAGACUCAGCUGGAUGAGAGCCAGAUCGACAGCUCCUUUAAGAAUCUCUUCAGACAGCUGGCUGGGCCGGACAUGGAGAUCAGCCUCACAGAGCUGCAAACCAUCUUGAACAGGAUCAUCAGCAAACAUAAAGACCUGAAAACGGAUGGCUUCACAAAAGAAGCUUGUCGCAGUAUGAUAAGCCUCAUGGACACGGACGGCAGUGGAAAGCUGGGCCUGACAGAGUUCCAUGUACUCUGGGAAAAGAUUAAACGAUACCUGACCAUAUUCAGGCAGUUUGACGUGGACAAAUCGGGCACCAUGAGCUCCUAUGAGAUGAGGAUGGCUCUUGAUUCUGCAGGUUUCAAGCUGACCAACCACCUGUUCCAGCUGAUCAUCCUGCGCUACACCGAGGCUGACAUGACUCUCGACUUUGACAACUUUGUCACCUGUCUGGUGCGACUGGAGACCAUGUUCAAAACUUUUAAAACCAUGGACACAGAUAACAACGGUGUCCUGUGCCUCAACUUCAAUCAGUGGAUUACUCUGACCAUGUUUGCCUAGAGAUGAGUGGACUCCUCUAUAAAUCUUGCACUGCAUCCGGCUGCAGCUUCAGGCCCAGUAUGUGUUGUUUCAGAAGUGCCUUUUUUUCUGCACCAGUUCUUCCUCUUGCUGCCGAGGCCCUUUGAUGCUAAACAACUGUAAAUUCAGCUUUACAGUGUUUACUUUAGAAAUAAUGUGCCAAUCUGUUAUUUGUCACUUCUCGUAGCCUGGCGUUCAGUUUGCAGAGCUACAACCUUUUUAGCUGUACAAACAUUUCUUGUCUUGGGGCAGAGUUCCUCUGGGAGAAGAAAAAAAAACCUGUUGUUAAAUUUCACUUGGUGAAGGCAAUUUUUUUAGUGAUAUGUUAGUUGCUUGGUGAAAAAAGAAAAGAAAAAAGCAAUCUAUUAUCUUAAAAAUGACCUCCUUAUCCUAGCUGUCGUUCAUGUUUAAAGGGCUUGUACUGUAUCUACCACGUUUUUAAAAGACCAAACCUGAGUAAAUAAAUCAAUUAAGAAACUGAAUAAAUUGAUGAAUUGACUAAUAAACAUUCAUUAGUAAUAGCCCAAAAUGCCAAAAGAAAGGGAGGGGAAAAACACAAUUAAUGUUUACGUCUCGCACUGUCACAAGCGCGCUUCCUCCUGCUCGGUGAUGCUCACAACCAGGCCUGUGGCUUAUCAGUAAGUGAUAAGGGAAAACAAACCCUGUGGCUAGUCCACCAAGAGUUAAUGUACUUGAGGACAAUCAGCAAAAUGCUCCAGAGCUUUAUUUUUUAAACCUGCUGUCAGUUAUUACAAUCUUGGUGCCAGAUGUGGUCGAUGUGGACAACUGCUGAGUGUGCCAGCUUUUCCUCCAGCCUAUUUUUAAUGCCACACAUUCAGCCCAUAUGAAUGUGUGCAACAUGUAGCUCUACUCUGCCUUUGUAGUGACAUUGCCAGCCUGGUGCUAUCUGUAUCAAUCUUAUGCCAAACUUUGCCUCAGCACCAAAGAGUCCACCAAUAAAGCUUUACUGAGCCCUGCAGUGUGGAGACAAUGAUGGUGUGCUGUAUCAUAGAGAAUGUGUUGCUUUAUAUUUCCUUAAAACCAAUACAGGUUUAGCUUUAAGACUUAUUAUUAUGCAUGGCACUUUUUAUUGACUGUUUUUCAAAAUAUGAAAAGAAAAAGAAUUUUAUAUCAUGGUUGUAACUGGGUAUCAUAGUUAAAAAGGGAUGCAUCGUCCUUGUUUAAUCAUGCCUUUCGAAGGGAACAAGUACAUGUCAAUACUUUAGGUGAAGGUAAACUAUUAUGCAAGGUGGAUCGGUAUGUUGUAUGCAUGCAGUGUGAAAUGUGAUAUACUGUAUAUUGUCUGCCUGCCGAAUUACAUGUCUGUUCAACCAGGGGAGCAAGUGUUUUAUUUGAAGGGUUGUAUUCCAAAAUAAUAUGUCGCUUUUGGGGGAAAAAGACUUGAAAGCUUUUUAAUAUGGAGGAUCUACAUGUUAAGUGUUGUCAUUUUCUUAUCAAGCAAAGAGCUGCAAGUGUUUCAAAUGCCAAAAUAGUUUGUUAUACCAAUUAUUUUUGUGUUUUUUGUAAAUGGAAGAAUUGAAUUUGAAACAUUUAAUCAAAAAUUGAAAGCUAAAACCUUAAGAUACUUUAGCAUACAUGUCUUCAGUUUUUGCAGCGUAAUGCUUAUGUAACAUGACCUAAUGUUUACAUUGGUGUCCCUUUGGACCCAGUCAUCAUGCAAUACAUUUGUUUAACUGUGUAGCGUCUCUGUAAAACGUCUAUACACACUUUGAAAAUAAAAAUGGGGAUUUACGAGU